GCUGGCCCAAAGAGUAUGUUUUUCAUGUUUUUCUUGUGAAAACAGCUCCAAUUUUAGUAUUUUUAACACCCAAUUUCAGUCGUCUCUAAUUGCAACAAUUUAAUUUUGUUUUAAUAAUCUAACCAUGCCACUAGAAGAUGAUAUCGCUAAAAAGAUGGGUGAUCUUUUAUUGAAAGGUUAUUGUUUACUGGACCAAUAUUGCUCUGUGUGUGGGAAUCCUUUAAUGAGGUCAAGAGAUGGUACAAAUAUUUGUGUAGCCUGCAAGUCCUCUAAAGCUGUUUCCGAAAGUAAUCUGAAUGGCAUGGAAGAGCAAUCAACUGCAUCUUCGAGCAAUGAGGCAGAUAUAUCCGAAGCUUCGUCUAUUCCAUCUAAAAGACCUCGUGUUUUCCAAGAUAAUUGUGAGAAAUUCAGUCUUCCAAAUGAUGUUUGGCGUAAUGAAUCAGUUCCUCGUCUAUUGCGAAAAACUGUUCAACAAAAAUUAUCUUGGGCAUCAUCUCGAUUAUUGGUGGAUUCAAUCACCUCUCUAAAACUUCUUGAAUCUUGUAUUAACUUAUUGACCAUAAUGGAAGUUGAUCUCAAUGAUGCUCCCGAAUACAUGAUAACCAUGCUUAAUUUGGAGAAAUUUGUUGAAUCUGAACAGAAACGUUUAGCAGAUUGCUUCGAUUUACAUGAAUGUAAUAGGAUUUGCGAUUUAAUCACCUCAACUUUGAGAGUAAUGAAAAGUUUGGAUCAAGCUGUAACCAAAUUAAAUCGUUUGUAAUUUAAUGAAUUCUCAGCCAUAUUAAUUUACCGGGAUCAAGUCGAUUGUGGAAGCUAAUCCAUCUAAUGUACAUUGACGUCUUACAUUUUAUCUUUAUAGCUCAAGCUCAAAUAGACCAAAUGUAAUAAACUCAUAAUUUAAUUUUAA